UACCCUCCCUGCUCUUGGUUUUAGGUGGGUGUGCUAAGAGCUGUGACUCAGAGGAGAAACAGGAAGUAUUUUGUGCUCAAAAACUUCACCCCCUCCACUAAAUCUCUUCCUCUGUCUGUCUUCAAGCUGAGAAAAAGUCCUACAGCAAGAAUGCUCCACUUCAAGGCCAGUCCGGAUCAGUUCGGGCCCGAGGCGAGGCAGCUGGGGCUGCACUGCUGGCGGGUGGAGAAGCUGAAGGCCGUGCCGCUGGCUGCGUCUGAAGUCGGCGCUUUCUAUAACGGAGACUCUUACCUGGUGCUGCAGAACAGAGGAGACGAAGGAGCCGACCUGCACAUGUGGAUCGGUGAGAAGUCGUCUCGUGAUGAGCAGGUCGCGUGUGCCAUGUUGGCCACCCAGCUGGACAGUUUCCUGGGUGGAGACCCCGUCCAGCACAGAGAGGUGCAGGGCUACGAGUCCCCCGAGUUCAUGCGCCUCUUCCCCAGGGGAAUCAGCUACAAGGAAGGAGGAGUGGAGUCGGGUUUUAGGAAACAGCAGUCUGGUUCCGGUCUGGUUCAGAGGUUGUAUCAUAUUAAGGGGAAGAAGAACAUCAGGGCAAAGGAGGUGGAGCUGAACUGGUCCAGCUUCAAUAAAGGAGACUGCUUCAUCCUCGACCUGGGAGAGACGAUCGUGUCAUGGGUCGGCUCUCAGGCCAAUAUAUUUGAGAAGCAGAAGGUGCAAGAGAUCGCGACUCUCAUCAGAGACACCGAGAGACACGGCAAAGCGCAAAUCACUCUGGUCAAGGAGGGCGAGGAGACGCCCGAGAUGCUGAAGGUUCUUGGUCCGAUGCCGGCGCUCAAAGAGAGCAGUCCCGAGGACGACAGCCAAGCGGACGCGUCGAACACGGCCUCUCUCUACAAGGUCUCAGACGCGACAGGAUCGAUGAAGCUGACCAAGGUCUCGGAAAAGAGUCCGUUGGCCAAGGACCUGCUUGUACGGGACGACUGCUUUAUCUUGGACAACGGAGCCAACGGCAAGAUCUUUGUCUGGAAAGGCAGCGGUGCGAAUGCUGAUGAGAAAAAAGCAGCUCUGAAGGUUGCAGAUGAUUUCAUCGAGAAGAUGAACUACCCCAGGAUGAAAACGCAGGUGGAGAUCAUACCACAGGGCCGAGAGACCAUCAUCUUCAAGCAGUUCUUCCAAAACUGGAAUUAAAAAAACCCCCGACUCGAGCGGUA